AAACAGAGAGGAUGGACGCGCGCAACACCAGACGAGCCAACGGCCAAUGGGAUACGCGCAGCCAGGAGCAUCAAUUUCCCCAUCCGCUUUUAAAUAACACUGGGCUGAACAACAUCGGAUUUGAGAGAGAGCGACACGUCUGAUAUAAUCCCCGCAUUUACCUUUUGACUAGAACGAGUGACACCGGAGCGCACGACUAAUUGCGCAUUUCACCAUUACGCACGGCUGUUUCUACCAGGCCACCGUAGCCCCCCCCCUUUUUUUUUCUCAAAACAUAGACCUCUCCUCAACAUGGACUGUUAUUUUUUGGCUUUCUUUUAGCUAAAUCUACGACAGCAAAAAUGACUGAGACGCAAACCAUCAGUCACCACGCGCCGCCGCCGAAACAGCACCAAAACGGCCACGCCACGGCACCAGGCGAUGAGGCUUUUGACGCAACGUACAAAGGAAAAGAGGGACGUAGACCGCGAAUGCAGCUGGUUUGGAGAAAUAUCAUUCUAAUGUCUUUAUUGCAUAUCGGGGCAGUCUACGGAUUCACGCUCAUUCCUUCUGCCAAGACGCUCACGCUCAUUUGGACGGCACUGUGCUAUGUCUUCAGUGGUCUUGGAGUAACUGCUGGUGCUCACAGACUAUGGAGUCACAGAUCAUACAAGGCCUCAUUUCCACUAAGAGUCUUCCUUGCUCUCGGAAACUCCAUGGCUUCCCAGAAUGACAUCUAUGAGUGGGCCAGAGAUCACCGGGUCCACCAUAAGUACUCCGAGACUGAUGCAGACCCCCAUAAUGCCACACGGGGCUUCUUCUUCGCCCACGUGGGCUGGCUGCUGGUGCGCAAGCAUCCAGACGUCAAAGAGAAGGGGCAGAAGCUGGACAUGUCCGAUCUGGAGGAAGACAAAGUGGUGAUGUUUCAGAGAAGACACAGUCGCCUGUCUCUGGUGGUCAUGUGCUUUGUGCUGCCCACACUGGUACCGUGGUGGGGCUGGGGCGAGUCUUUGAAAGUGGCGUACUUCCUUCCUGGACUCUUCCGAUAUGCGCUGCAGCUGAAUGUCACCUGGCUGGUGAACAGUGCUGCUCACAUGUGGGGCAACAGGCCAUAUGACAUCAGCAUCAACCCCCGAGAGAACCGCCUGGUGUCGUUGAGUGCCUUGGGCGAAGGCUUCCACAACUACCACCACACCUUUCCUUUCGACUAUGGCGCCAGUGAGUUUGGUUGGAGACUCAACCUCACCACAGCCUUCAUAGACCUCAUGUGCUUCCUGGGUCUGGCUUCAGACCGUAAGAGAGUCUCCAAAGAGAUGAUCCUGGCACGUAAGCAGCGAACAGGCAACGAAAACAGCAAAAGUGACUAAGUCCUUUCUGUUUACGGCUAUGUAUGUGGCCCAAGUCAACGCUACUGCCACGAGAAGGUGACUAUUAUAAUGCUUUGUAAUAUAAUGUUUUGGUGUUGGGUUUGAAUGCUUUAUUUAAGGCACUGUGUCUGAUUUUUACUUACCCUUAAAAAUGUGAAAAACAGAACUAGUUCUUAAACAGUUUGCAGUGGUCUAGUUAUUUCUCACUUACCUUAUGCAUUCUGAGCAUCUUAAUUAUUCACCAUGAGUUUAUAAGCGCUUUUAACAACAAAUGCAGAGACUAGAGCGGAGUUUGCAGUGACAGUAAUGCUAACAACAACUAGCAUGCUCACAUGCACUUCCUGAUUAUCAUACAAUAAAGCGCUUUCUAAGUAGAUGCAGACUGCACGCAGUGGACAUAUUUUGACCUCAACAGCUGUUUAUAUAAUAUAUCUGUACAUGGGUAGAGACAUACAUGGAAAACAUGAGGCCCAGGGGCUUUAAUGACUUGUUUAAAGGGAGGGUAUGUAGAAUUUUUGUUUUAGAUUUCAUAAACAUUUUAACAGGUAAACAUGUUCAAAUCAAAUAUUACUUUUACUUUUACUGAUGGUUAAGGUGUUGACAACCCUGGAUCAGUUGUGACUGUAGUUCCCUUUUUAAUGCAGGCUACAUACUCUGCCUAGAAAUGAAAUGCACAGAUCUGGCAACUGUAUGUCAAAUCUGCUAAUAUUUAAUUUCUCUUGUGCUAUAUCGACUGCCUACUCCUGGCACUUUGUUACAUUCUUUACAAAGGUUUAUGGGAACAGCAGUAUCAGUCUCUAUAUAUUAUUACAAAAGAGGGGUGCAAUCACAUUGGUUGUCUUGCACAGUAGCUAUGUCAAGUUAUAAACUGAAUAUUUUAAUGCAUGUGACGUGUCUAAAAUACUUGCAUCUGGUUCGUUUUGCUUUGACAAAUCCAAGUAGGCCUGUCACGAUAAUUACUAUAUAGACUCAAUAAGUGAUGGAUCUAACCAUAAUGGAAUAUUUAUCCUUUGAACCUUUUCCUUAAAAAAAAAAAAAAGAUUUUAAUAAGAUUUGAGCGGUAGAAGGUUGAAUUUAUAACUUGUCUCAUAACUAAAUACAAAGUGUUGCAUUCUGAUAUUAUAUUUAUUGCAUAUUUAUGGGCUAUGUAUUUAUUGCAGCUCCUGUUUUUAACAAUAUUGUACAUUUAGAAUAGUUUAUCUGCUUUAUGGUUAUUGAUACUUUAAAGUGACAUCACUCUGGAGGUUUACUGCAUGUAUUUACACUGCCUGGCCAAAAAAAAAAAAAAAAAAAGGUCACACACUCUAAUAUUUGGUUUUAGCUUUGAUUACAGCACACAUUCACUGUGGCAUUGUUUCAAUUUCGCUUCUUCAAUGUCACAACAUUUAUUUCCAUCCAGUGCUGCAUUGAUUUUUCAACAAGAUGCUGUAUUGAUGAUGGUAGAGUGUGAUGCUGCACAAAGCUUCUCCAGCACAUCCCAAAGAUUCUCAAUGGGGUUAAGGUCUGGACUCUGUGUUGGACAAUCCAUGUGUGAAAAUGAUGUCUCAUGCUCCUGAACCACUCUGUCACAAUUUGAGCCAGAUGAAUCCUGGCAUUGACAUCUUGGAAUAUGCCCGUGCCAUCAGGGAAGAAAAAAUCCAUUGAUGGGAUAACCUGGUAAUUCAGUAUAUUCAGGUAGUGAGCAGACCUCAUUCUUUGAGCACAGAUUGUAGACCUGACUCGUACCUAUUUGCUUAGUUAAAUCCAGGUGGCAACUUUUUUUUUGGCCGGGCAGUGUAUUUCUAUGGUGGAAUGUUGAACAGUUAUCAUGGUGACACAAUGCACACAUUUGUAAACACUGCCAAAAAAGUAAUAGAAUAAAAAUACAAAAUGGAUUUAAAAAACACAUUUUAAGGAGCCUGUGAUCAAUACGAGCAUUCAUGGUCCUGUUUAUGUGUUUGAUUUUAAGCAAAAAGUGUUAUUUGAGAGGGACUUGUUUAACAGGACAGAUCAGCUCACCUGCUGUAACUCCAGCUAAGUCACUGGUGUCAAAGGCAUAAAUUAGGUUCAAUAUUAUCGCUUAUUGUCUGUAUUUACUGAAGAAAUAUAUCAGACUUCAGAAUGUGUUAUCCUGACAGGCCUGAAUCCAAGAGUUCUAAUGUUGUAGUGGCUGUGUAUUUUUUCUUUAAGAAAACUGUACCUGGAUGAGUUUUGCUACAUUGUGCUCCAUAUGAUCCAUGAUACAGGGUUUGUGUCAGGAGGACAACACUGAUGGAUUAUAAGAAAAUGCAGUAUACAUUGUGUUGGCAUAUUUCACAGUUUUUGCAAAAUAAUAAAAGAAACAUGUUGAUAUGUAAUGC